UUCUUCUUGUUUCUGUUCAACUUCAAAACCUAAAGGCUUUCAGUUCAGAGCGUCAACGAACUCCAUUAAUGGCGCUCCUACUGGUUCCGAAACACCGAACCUUGGCGAACCCAUCUCUGAUCCACCUCUUCUCCACCAGCUCGUCCUCAAACUCAGUUGACAAAGAUGACCAAAAGGACCAAUCAAAGUCCUCCACGUCCGAGUCUUCAUUCUCUUCAUACUUCAGUGACGUCAAAGCCAGUCUCAGGCAGAAGCAACAAUCAACUUCACCGCCACAACCCCGAAAUCUCACUUUCCCUCACCCCCCUCAGUCUUCUGCCAACCCCUCCAAAGUGUCUUCCCUUGAAGAAAUUCGUAAGAACCUCUCCGAGUUCCGCCGUAGAUCUGGUGUGCCACCCUCCAUGGGUCUAAAUUCUGCACCUUCGCCUUCCUCUUCAGGUGGGUCCUCGAACAAUUCAUUUCAGGAGCUGUUGAGCAGAAAUGUGCUUGGUAAGGCGGAGGGUGCCAAUGCCGAACAAAUUGGCGGUGGCGGUGGGGGAGGAGGGAUUUCGUUCGAAGCGAUUCGUUUGCACUUGAAGAAGCUUAGGGCACCUGUAAAUGGCCAGCAGGAUGGUAGCAAUCGUAGGGAGUCCACGUCGUUUACUUCAUUUAAGAACAAUUUGAGAUUGAAACCAUCGGAUUCCCCUCAGCGAACGACGGUGAUCGGAGGUACUGACACGUUGCCGGCAUCCGUGUUUGGAAAGGAUAUUAGGGAGAAGAAAGAUGGGGAUAGGUCGAAGGCUACGAGGACGGAAUUUUUGAGGACUUAUCCCCCGGAGGUAUUAGGGGGGAUGUUGAAGGAGUUGAGGCCGGAGGUCAAGGAGGGAGCUUGGUUUUCGAUAAAGGAGUUGAAUGAGAGGAUGAUAAAGAUUAGGGAGUUUGAAGACACUAAGUUAGAGUCUAAUAUUAAGGGCAUUAACUUUAAGGAUUUGAGGGAGAGUUUGGAGAAGGUGAAGUGUUCUGAGGAUGAGAAAACAAAGAAGAAUUCCAUUUCACUUGAGAGACUCGAUAUAUUGGGCCAGUUGGGUCGAACUCCUAACUUUAUGGCACAACCUCCACAGGAACACCUGGUUGAGAAGUAUUUCCAUCCAGAUAACAUGUCUGCAGCCGAAAAAAUGAAACUUGAGCUUGCCAAAGUAAGAGAUGAGUUUAAAUUAUCGGAAUCAGAUUGUGGAUCUGCAAGAGUACAAGUGGCACAACUCACAACCAAGAUCAAACAUUUAUCUACAACUCUACACAAAAAGGAUAAGCAUUCUAGGAAGGGUCUUACAGCGAUGGUGCAGAGGAGGAAGAAGUUAUUGAAGUAUCUCCGACGAACUGACUGGGAUUCAUACUGUUUUGUACUUUCUAAACUUGGGUUACGAGACAACCCAGAUUACAAGCACUAGACAAGAUUUUAAAUAACCUGUCAUCUUUCUCUACCUUUUUUAAGGUUCUUUGUUGUUCCAUUUUUUUUUUAAAUUUUGGUCAAACAUAGUUUGUUACUCACAGAGUCACAAUUUUAGAUCGAGGUGGAAAUGAAAAUGUAUCAUUAUUUGAUUCAUUUCUUCUUUCUUUUUGGUCUUUUUUUGAAGCUGGAAAGCGCUGCUGUCAAAAUAUUGUUGCUGAAUUUACAAGCUGAUAAUAAGCAGUCAAUAGAAUGGAAUUAUCAAUAAGAUUCUUGUUUUA